AUGGAGACCCUGGCCGAGGCCCUGGAGCUGUUCAACCUGGGAGCCCGCCGGCGCGCCGUCGGCACCACGCAGAUGAACGCCGCCUCCUCGCGCUCCCACGCCGUGUUCUCGGUGCAGGUCCGCAUGGCCGCGCCCGCGGCGGGCGGGGUGGUCGAGAGCCAGGCGAAGGUGCACUUUGUGGACCUGGCCGGCAGCGAGAAGCAGAAGAAGACCGGCGCCUCGGGUGCCCGUCUCAAGGAGGGCAUCGGGAUCAACCAGUCGCUCACGACGCUCGGCAGGGUGAUCUCCGACCUGUCGAAGCCUGGCAGCACGUCCCACGUGCCCUUCAGGGACUCGAAGCUGACGCUGCUGCUCAGGGACGCUCUGAUGGGAAACAGCCGCACUGGUCUGCUGGCAUGCGUGAGCCCCUCCAGGUUCAACCUUGAGGAGUCCGUGAGCACUCUGGAGUUCGCCGCGCGGUGCAAGCUGGUGCAGACCAGCGCUCACAAGAACGAACAGUCGCGCGUAGACAUCCUCAAGAAGCUUGAGGCCGAGAAGGACGCGAUCGAGUCCCAGCUGCAGCAGGAGAGGUCCAAGAGCGAGGAGCUAUGCAGGAAGCUGCAGCUCGAGCUCGAGGCAGCGGAGCGAAGACAGCACGUGGCGGAGCUGGCGCUACAGGAGCGCGGCCAGGCGGAGGAGCAGCUUCGGGAGCUGCGGGACCUCCGGGAGCAGCACCGGGCCGAGCAGUCCGAGAGCGCGCGGGUGCUGAGAGAGAAGGAGGAGCUGCUGGCGCAGGCGGAGCAGGACCGGGCGUCGCUGCUGAGGGAGCGGGAGCAGCUGCUGCUGCAGCCGCGGUCGCCGUCCCCGGACGGCGACGACGCGUUCGGGCAGAAGGGCGCGGACGCGGAGGAGUUGCGGGAGCUGAUGGAGGAGGAGAGGCGCAAGCAGCAGGAGCGGGAGCGCGAGCUCCACACGCAGAUGCAGGCCCUGCGGAACGUCCAGGAGAGCCUCGACCUCGACCAGUCGCAGAUCGAGGCCAAGCGCCAGGAGCAGCGGCUGUCGUUGGAGGCCGAGCGCGCCAGGCUGGGCAUCCUCGGCGGCGUGGACCUGGCGGUGGUGGCGGACGCGCCCCGGCUGGUGAACCUACACCCGGACCCGUCCCUCAAGGGCUGCCUGGUCUACCACCUGCCGGUGGGGGAGACCACGGUCGGCUCCGACGCCGAGCGCUGCCAGGUGCGACUGUCGGGGCUCGGCGUGGGCAGCGCGGUCUGCGUCCUGGACAACGCCGACAACGAGCAGCUCGUAGUGCGCCCGGCGGAGGAGGGCCUCGUGCGCGUGAACGGCGCCGCCGUCCCCACCGGGAGCGAAGAGCGCCUGCGCGACGGCGACCGGUUGGCCGUGGGCCGCGCCUACAUCUUUCAGGUGCACAUCCCGCUGGCCGCCAGAGAUAGCUCGGGCCCGUCGCACGAGGCCGAGGUCGACUUCGAGCGGGCCAUGGACGAGAUCUGGGCCGGCGCGGAGGUCGAGAGCUGCGUGCAGCGCGCUGCGCUGAUUGUGAGGAGUGACCUCGGCACCGAUGCCGCGAACCGUCUGCUGGCGGAUGCGCGCAGGGCUUCGGAGGAGAUCGCGCAGGCCAACCUGCUUCUGACGGAGAUGCCGGCCGGCUGGACCGACGGCGUCAGGAGGUACGAGCUCGCGGUGGUGUUCGGCUCGGAGGGGCCCCCGAGGGUCUGCGUGGCCGCGCGCCGUGGGCCGGCGGGCCCUGCGGACCCGGGCGCGGGCGCGGCCGCCGGCAUCUGGGAGCUCGACGCCUUCCGCGAGGAGCCCAGCGUUCUGCUCCUCGCCGUCAACCUGGACAGCCGGGCCGCGGGCCCGCGCCCGCAGGACUGGGAGGCCAGGACCUGGAGCGAGGUCAGCGUGGAGGACUACAAGGCCCUGGCCGCGAGGCUGGAGGCGGCGGAGCGCUCCCUGGGCGACCUGCUGGCGCAGGCGGCCCAGGUGCAGCGCGGCGGCUCGGGCCCGAGCACGGGCAGCGUGGCGAAGCUGCUGGUGCCGAAGACGGUGAGGAGGCAGCUCAGCAGCGUCAAGCACGCCUUGCGGGACAUCGGCACGGGCUCGCCGGGCCAAGAGGGUGCCUUCGCACCCCCGCCCCGGCGGCGCGACCUUGACGCCGUGCGCCCGAGCAUGGCGGAGGGCCUGCCCCCCUUCCCGGAGCCGGGCGGCGCGGCCCCGGCGCCCGCGCCGCGCAGCCCGAGGUCCUGGAACACCGGGCUGAGGGCCGUGGGCCACGGCCUGAGGCCACCUCGCCAACAGGGUGCGACAUACGAGCAGGGCCUGUGCCAUAUGGCGGCCAUCGCCUCGGCAUGUUUGCCGUCGCUCUCUGGGCAGGCGGCCGCCCUGUCUAGCGCCGGCAGUGUUAGGAAGCCCUGCAGGUACGCGAGGGACGGCGACGCGGCAGCCACCCUCCCCACGCAGGCGGCGCACGGCCGCAUGGCGGGCCCGGGCGCCGCCGCGGGGGAGCAGGUGCUGCCAGCGUGGAUCAGGGUGGGCAGCAAGUGCCAGUAUUUCUCGGAGGCGUGA